ACAACAUUGGCAAAUGGGAUAUGUUCUCAAGAUUAACCUUAAACUUAUUCAACGGUUGCAUCGUCAACAAAUAAUAGCAUAGGUUUUAAUUGUAAACACGUCGUUUGGGCUAGGUAGCUAGCCAACUGCGUUUGCAACCAAGCUCCUGCGUGGGUGUGUCAGACUCAACGGUGAAAGUUACAGUUAGUAUUAACUGUAGCCUACGUUAUCAUGAUUUUUUAUUAUUAAAGCAUGCAGAUGACCUGACGUGUUGCUCACUGACGAAAGUUUUAAUUUUCUUCUUGUUUUUCUUAAGUAUGCCUGCUGAAGACAAGCAGUCAGUAAAUAUGGACGAGAAAGACGUUUGCCCCUUCAGUAACAAGGAAAAGGACAGAGAUGGUGAGAGAAAACCAGCAUCUGUUCGAGACAAAGCAAAAGACGAGGCCAAAGUGAGUGGCAAAAAAGAUGGCAACAAGGAGGAAAAGAGAAAGCGUCUAGAGGAAGAAAAAAAGAAAAAGGAGGAAAAGGAGCGAAAAAAGAAAGAAGAGGAAAAACAAAAAGCUGAGGAAGAACAGAAGAAGAAGGAGGAAGAGGAAAAAAGACAGCAGGAAGAGCAGGAGAAGAAGCUUAUAGAAGAGGAGGCCAAACGACAACGUGAGGAGGAGGCAGCUCUUCUCAAGGAAAAGGAAGAAGGGCAUCAGCUGCACCAGGAAGCUUGGGAGCGUCAUCAGUGCAGAAAGGAGCUCCGCAGCAAGAACCAGAGUGCCCAUGAAUGUCGUCCUGAAGAGGCCUUCUUCAGCCGACUGGACUCCAGCCUUAAAAAGAACACGGCCUUUGUUAAGAAGCUGCGUACGCUCACCGAACAGCAACGAGACGCGCUAUCCAAUGACUUUGCCUCACUCAAUCUCAGCAAGUACAUCGGUGAGGCUGUGAGCUCCGUUGUGGAGGCCAAGCUUAAGAUCUCUGAUGUCGGCUGCGCCGUACAUCUGUGCUCCCUCUUCCACCAGCGCUACGCCGAGUUUGCUCCAUUAUUGUUGCAAUCGUGGAAGAAGCACUUUGAAGCGAGGAAGGAGGAUAAGGCGCCCAACGUGAGCAAACUGCGCACUGACCUGCGCUUUAUCGCAGAGCUUACAAUCGUCGGCCUUUUCACAGACAAAGAAGGUCUUUCGCUCAUUUACGAGCAGCUGAAGAACAUCAUUGGGACCGACCGGGAGACACACACUCAUGUGUCAGUGGUAAUCAGCUUCUGCAAGCACUGUGGAGACGACAUCGCUGGUCUGGUGCCCCGAAAGGUGAAACUAGCAGCUGAGAAGUUUGGCUUGGCUUUCCCUCCGAGUGAAAUCAUCAGCACAGAGAAGCAGCAGCCCUUCCAGAACCUCUUGCGUGAGUACUUCACAUCCCUCACCAAACACCUGAAGAAGGACCACCGGGAGCUGCAGAACAUUGAGAGACAGAACAGGCGCAUCUUGCAUUCCAAAGGUGAGCUGAGCGAGGACCGGCACAAGCAGUAUGAAGAGUUUGCCACUUCCUACCAGAAGCUGCUGGCCAAUACUCAGUCCCUGGCUGACCUGCUGGAUGAGAACAUGCCAGAGCUGCCUCAAGACAAGACUGUGCAGGAAGAGCACGGCCCCGGCAUUGACAUUUUCACCCCUGGGAAACCUGGCGAGUACGACCUGGAAGGAGGAAUCUGGGAGGAUGAGGAUGCUCGUAACUUCUAUGAGAACCUGGUGGACCUGAAGGCCUUUGUUCCUGCCAUCCUCUUCAAAGACAAUGAGAAAAGCAGCCAGGGGAAAGACAGGGAUGAUGCCAAAGAUGGCAGAGAGGGGAAGGAUGUGGGCAGCACUACAGAAGAACUAGAGCUGGAGCUAGAAGCUCUGGACAUUACAGAUGAACCUCUCGAACUGGAGGGAGCAGACGAGGUGGAAAAUGAAGAACUGGCUAAAAAGCUGCUGGAUGAGCAAGAACAAGAGGAUGAGGAGGCCAGCACAGGGUCGCACCUGAAGCUAAUUGUGGAUGCCUUCAUCCAGCAACUCCCCAACUGUGUCAACAGAGACCUCAUCGACAAGGCGGCCAUGGACUUCUGCAUGAACAUGAACACCAAAUCUAACAGGAGGAAGCUAGUCCGAGCCCUCUUCACUGUUCCCAGGCAAAGGUUGGAUCUUCUGCCUUUUUACUCUCGCCUGGUGGCAACUCUGCAUCCCUGCAUGUCUGACGUGGCUGAGGACCUCUGCUCCAUGCUGAAGGGAGACUUCAGGUUUCAUAUUCGGAAGAAGGACCAGAUCAACAUAGAGACCAAAAAUAAAACAGUCAGAUUCAUCGGGGAGCUGGCCAAGUUCAAGAUGUUCUCAAAAACGGACACGCUUCAUUGUCUCAAGAUGCUGCUGUCUGAUUUCACCCAUCACCACAUAGAGAUGGCCUGCACGCUGCUGGAGACCUGCGGCCGAUUUCUCUUCCGAUCCCCAGACUCUCACCUGCGCACCAGCGUCCUGCUGGAACAAAUGAUGCGUAAAAAGCAGGCCCAGCAUCUGGAUGCACGCUAUGUGACCAUGGUGGAGAACGCCUACUACUACUGCAACCCCCCGCCCAUGGAAAAAACGGUGAAGAAGAAGAGGCCGCCGCUGCAGGAGUACAUCCGCAAGCUGCUCUACAAGGACCUGUCCAAAGUCACCACAGAGAAGGUGCUGAGGCAGAUGCGCAAGGUGCCCUGGCAGGACCCCGAGGUGAAGAGCUACCUGAUCUGCUGCAUGGUCAACAUCUGGAACGUCAAGUACAACAGCAUCCACUGUGUGGCCAACCUGCUGGCUGGCCUGGUGGCCUACCAGGAGGACGUGGGCAUCCAUGUGGUGGACGGAGUGCUGGAGGACAUCCGGCUGGGAAUGGAGGUCAACCAGCCAAAGUUCAACCAGCGCCGGAUCAGCAGCGCCAAGUUCCUUGGUGAGCUCUACAACUACCGGAUGGUGGAGUCUGCAGUCAUUUUCCGCACCCUCUUCUCCUUCAUCUCCUUCGGGGUGAAUCAGGAUGGCAGCCCCAGCCCGCUGGACCCACCAGAGCAUCUGUUCCGCAUUCGCCUGGUCUGUACACUGCUGGAUACCUGCGGACAGUACUUUGAUCGUGGAUCCAGCAAGAAGAAGUUGGACUGUUUCCUCAUCUACUUCCAGCGGUACAUCUGGUGGAAAAAGAGCUUGGAUGUUUGGACCAAAGACCACCCGUUCCCCAUCGAUAUCGACUACAUGAUCAGCGACACGCUGGAGCUUCUCAGGCCCAAAAUGAGGCUUAGCUGCUCUUUGGAGGAGGCCAUCAAGCAAGUCACCGACCUGGAGAGGGAAGUGCUUGUCAAACUAGGCAUGGCCAUGGAGAGGGAUGGCCGCUCCAGCGCCAUGAGUGAAGGAGAAGGCCUCGAAGAGGAAGAUGAUGAUGGUGAUGAUGAUGAAGAGGGAGGAGCUGAGACUGAGGAGCAGUCGGGAAAUGAGAGCGAAAUGAACGAACAGGAAGAGGAUGAGGGAUCAGACAAUGAAGAGGAGGAGAGGGAGGAGGAAGAAGAAGAGAACACAGACUACCUGACCGACUCCAAUAAAGAAAAUGAGACCGAUGAGGAAAACAAUGAGGUCACCAUUCGCGGCGGUGGACUGAAGCAUGUGGCCUGCGCUGAGGACGAGGACUUCAUCCAGGCUCUGGAUAAGAUGAUGCUGGAGAACCUGCAGCAGCGUAGCGGCGAGGCCGUGAAGGUGCACCAGCUGGACGUCGCCAUUCCUCUGCAGCUGAAGAGCCAGCUGAGGAAGGGCAGCUCCGGACAGCAGUGCAUCAGCGAGGGAGACUCGGACAUCUCAGACACAAUGCAGUUCGUCAUGCUAACUCGCAAAGGCAACAAGCAGCAGUAUAAGAUCUUGAACGUGCCCCUGUCCUCCCACCUUGCUGCGAACCACUUCAACCAGCAGCAGGCUGAACAGGAGGAGCGCAUGAGGAUGAAGAAACUCACCCUGGACAUCAAUGAGAGGCAGGAGCAGGAGGACUAUCAGGAGAUGAUGCAGUCUCUGGCCCAGCGUCCGGCUCAGGCCAACACCAACCGGGAACGCCGGCCUCGCUACCAGCACCCGAAAGGCGCUCCCAACGCCGACCUCAUCUUCAAAACUGGAGGAAGGAGACGCUGAUUGGAGUCUGGGCCCGGGCUGAACGAGCGAGCAAGAGACAGAAUGAACGAGCAAAAGAGAGAGAGAGACGGACAACGAGGAGAUCGGAGGGGAAACCGGUCGCGACCGGAAACCAGUCCCCCAGGCUCCCACUGACGCCGGGACAGACCAGACCAAAUCCCUGACCUGAACACACACUGUUACCCUGCGAGGGGCCCGAAGCCCGAGAUGGAGAGGCAAAGCUGCGAGCUGGGGUCAGAGGUCGGGGCUCAGACAGAUGGCUCUCUUUCUUUUUUGUCUUUUGCCUGAGAUGACAAAAACUUAAAGCAACUGCCUGGACAAGACUACACACACCUGACCGGCAGACUGAUGGUGGGAUGGUGAAAAUGAGGCAGGUUUUUUCCCACCGUCACACCAGGUGGAGGAAAAAGUCAUUUUUAGGAGUUAAAACUUACGAGUGCACAACUGGAUGUUCUUUUUUCUUUUCUCUAUUUUUGGACUCUAUUAACACCAGGAAAUCAUCUGAUCAUCCAACUUCCUGCGACAGAGUUGAGCAAAUCUGCUUAGAGACUGGUUGUGUGUUCAUAGACUGUUAACGCGGUGAUGCAGAGGCCGACGUGAUGCUUUGUAGCCGAUUUCUGAUGUUAAGAAGUGGCAGACAGGAUGCAGCUCUUGUUCUAGAGCCCACUUGGCUUAUGCCACCAGUUUUGCUGUUAGCUUAGAUUUUUCUCUUCCUCACUUUGUCUUUAAAAUAAUAAAUAGAUUAAGAAAGCUUGUUUGAGGCAACAGAAGUCUAAACUAGCAAAAGUUUCAAAGAAAGAUUUUGGGAUAUUAUCAUUUCUGCUCUUUUUCAAAGGUCCUGUGGAUUUUGGCCAGCUGUGUAGAACUUAGCAAACAACUUAAAAUAAAUAUUUGCUUUCCAUACUAAUAAGAACUGAAACUAUAAAUUAAUUAGGGGGAAUAAAAAGGGUCAUAAUUUGAUCAUUAAGACACCAAACAACCCCUGCCUUAUUUCUGCAGAAGUCUGUUCUUCACAGAUUUGUUGUAGCUGUUGUAAAUGUACCGUAAAAAUUCUUAUCAAAUCCUCUUUACAGACUAACUAAAGCCAGUUUUUCACUCAUGAACUCCAGAUUUUAGCUGAAAAUUUUGGUACAGACUUCUUCACAGCAGGACGUUGUGUGUUCUCAGAGCUGGAAAUACUCUAGAGUGGCAUUAGAGCGACAUGAUGCGAAAUCUAAAGUGUGGAAAUUUGUGUUUUCAGGAGAAUGGCAGCUUUGUGCCGAUAUCAACAGCAUAUUUAUUUGAAUGUGUCCAUGAAAUUACAGGUCAGUAGAAGACAUUGUAAAGCAGCAAAGUAAGCUGUAAAUGCUUCACACGAUCUUACUCACUUAUUUUUAUUUAUUAGGCUAGCUGGCUGAUUAACCACAAGAAGUAGUCUGGAGGAAAUUGUAGAAAUUUCUUUCGGUCUCAUGCAGCCUCUCCGGAGUAUGCCUGAAAAUCUUCAGACCUUAAAAAAAAUGAGCUGUACUUGAUAGAUGCUGCUGUUUAUUGCUACAUGGAGAAAUGCCUGCUUAAAACAAUAAGAAAAAUCACCAUGAUACAUAAAAAAAAACUACUAAAUAUGCCACAUAGUUCAGUCUUGUUAGUACUUCCAGCUCUGUGUUCACAUGAGUAAAAUUUUAAAGGAAUGUCAACUUUUCAGGAAAAACAUCUGUAGCUAGCAAUCGGAAUCGGUUUGCUACACAGAAAUGAGGAAAAGCCACCAGCUGGGUUCAAUCCAGAAAUGACUAAAGCCCACCCAUCAGCCCCUUUAAAGCUCAUUAAUCAACAUGUUAUAUGUGGUUUGGUAACUCGAUGAAAGUCAAAGCAACCUUGACAGCAGGCUAACAAAAGGAACACAGCUGGCCAGUUUUUAAUGCAUCAAAAACUCGUUACCAGAGUAACAGUCUCAUAGCGUCUUCAACAAGACGUGCAGACCUGACAGGCUCGCCAAUCAGAGAUGGACACCUGUGUGUAUAUUUGUUUCAACUUCUCUCCAGCUGGACUGAAUCUGAAUUAUUCAGUUCGACAACAUUCAGCUUGCUUUGGUUUGUGUAGUGCAACGUGAUAAAAGCCUCUUUUUGUUUUGUUUUCUCCAUUUGGACUUCUGAAUAACAGUGUGCCUGAGAGUCUUCCUAAGUGAUGACAGUCACUAUUAUUUUAGAUUGAUUUAACUUGUUAAGCCUCUAGAUGGAUAAAUAUACUCAAUGUUCUUCUGCAUGGGACUCUUCUGCACCAGCCUUUCUUUGCUGUAGUAAAACCACCCAGCAGUGCUGUAGUUUGUGUCUAGAUUCAAAGCUAUCGUUCUUAAACUGCAGAUAAGAAGAAAACUGCCUAGUGAAGCUUUGUGUCACAGCUCAUGAUGAAGAAAUAAGAAUAAAAGUACAGAGACGAUUAAA